AUGCUGGAAACUGAAGUUUCUCGCUGGGAGGAGUUUCUCUGCCAAAAUCAUGGCGUUGAGUUCGUCUGGCUCCAGUACAUCACCUACAGCGCGUCAGCCGUCGUCCAGGUCAUGCCAGUCGCGCGCUUCACUCAGCUGAUUCGGAGCGGCCAAUGCUUACCGAUUACCACGACCAUCUUCCACCUAUUGCCGGGGGACCAUCUAGUAGAUGGUGCUAAACCGAGCGGGGUCUGCUAUCUUAAGCCGGACAUCUCAACGGUGUACUGCCAGGGUGGCUCGAAUUCCCACCGCGCAGUGGUAAUGACAUCCAGUCUCAACCAUGACGGGAGUCCGCUCCCUGAAUGUGCGCGAUCGCAACUGGGUCGUCUGACCGAUCUCUUGGAGCAAGAGACAGGACAUUAUCCUCUCGUUGGCUUCGAGAUGGAGGUCGUCUUUUUGCGACGGGUGCGACAAAAUAGUAAAGUGGUGGGCUACGAGCCCCCGAAUACAAACCAUUCCGUGUUCAGCAUGACCACCGACGACAAGAAGUCCCUCGACCUGGUGGAAGACAUUGCCCGAGCGUUGCUAGAAGCCGGGAUCGCUAUAGAGAAGUUCCACGCCGAGUCCGCCCCCGACCAGUGGGAAUUUGUCCUUCCCCGAGAUUCCCCCGUCAAAGCUGCCGAUACGCUCGUCAAAGCUCGUGCGAUCAUCUCCGACGUGGCAGAGAAAUACGACGUGCGGGCUACCAUGUACCCGCGUCUGUUCCCAAACAGUGCGGGCAGCGGUAUGCACACACACAUCUCCAUCAACCCGAUGGAAGGCGAGGACUUGCACCGUGCAGAACCCUUUUUUGCCGGGAUCAUGCAGCACUUCCCCGCGGUGCUCGCGUUCAAUCUGGCGCACGAUGCGAGCUACCAUCGAGUCAACAGUGGUAUCUGGAGCGGCGGGGAAUAUGCAGCAUGGGGCUGGGAGAAUAAGGAGAUGCCCCUGCGGCGGAUAACAACUAAUCGAUUUGAAGUGAAGUUGCUGGAUGGACUAGCGAACCCAUACCUAGCACUCUGUGGCAUGUUUGCCGCUGGGAUAGACGGCAUGAGACGAAAAUUCCCACUGACGGGAGGGGAUUGUCCUGUGUCUUCCUCCUUGCUCUUGCCUGCAGAAAAGGAGGCUCUUGGAAUCAAGACACUAUUACCCAAGUCGCUGUUGGAAAGUCUCGAUGCCCUAGAAGCUGACAAGUCGAUCUGCCAGCUAGUCGGCCCUGCGAUCAUUUCGACAUACAUAGGGGUCAAACGCGGUGAAGUCCAACACUUUCAGGGAAUGAAUGAUGAGGAGACAAAGAAUUACUUGAUCUCAAACUAUUGA